GUUGUGUGUGUGUAAAGGAAAAGAGAGAGACGAGAGAUCGCGGGAGGACAGGAGGACAGAGAAGAGCCAUGGCCGGUGAUGAUGAGAAGCCAAGUAGAAGCAGAAGCAGAGAGCGAACACUUGUGUCAUGCUGCUCCAACAAAAGAACAAGGAGAGAUAUCCCAUCUUCAUCAGAACAGUCCCGUUUAUCUCUUAAUGAUCUGCAACCUCUCUUGAUUGAAAUUCUUCAUAGGCUACCCUCCACUCAAUCUGCGUUUCUGUGCAAGUGUGUAUGCAAAAAAUGGUUGUUGCCCGCAAUGGGAAAAUGCUUUGGGGUGCGUCAGGGCUUUCUAUGUUUGAUGGAAUUGGUUGGUGUGGGCAUUGAUCGGACUUUUCAUAUUUGGAAACUCAAGGAUUAUAAUAACGGGGAAUGGAGCUUGGAGGACCAUGUUUCUCUCAAUGCAAUGAUCCCUGAAAGUUCCUUGGUCCAGGAAAUCGUUGAUGGUAGCGAGAACAAGUUAAAACCGCUGGGUUUCCAUCCAAGUGAUGGGAAUAUUGUCUACUUGCACUUCCAAACUUAUGUCAUCUCAUUCAACACGCGGACAAAAGAGUUGAAAAUGGCUGGUAAGAUUCCAGGUGUGAGAGAUUCCUUUUGUCACGGAAAGGUCUUCCAUGUUGAACUCCCAUUGUGGCCUACUCCAAUUGCGAAACCAAUUGAAAUCCUUCCAUGCUAUUGAGAACAUGACUGGUUAUUGUUCUGUACUGUUACUCUCAAAUCUUCUCUCACUGCAUUCAUCUUGGUGUGGAUGGUGUGUAUUUCAUCUACUGAUGAUAGUAGUAUUAUUGACUGCCAUGAGCUAGUCUGUCGGUUGUUACUUGAAUUAAGUUUUUCAUCUGAUAUUUUCAUACCUUUUUCAAGUUUAUA